CGUUGUGUGUUGUUGCUGCUGCGGAGCUACCGAGUACCUGUAACUUCUGUUGUAGACUAAAUGAGCGCUCUUGAACCGUGAAACAUAAACCCAGUAGAGGUGUUUGUUCGGUGGUAAAUGGACGGUGUCCCCUGCCUUCGUGUGCCUCAGUGUCAUGCACAACAGUUCAGGAAAUGUCUGCAGUCCAAAGGAAGUCUGGACCUGAGUUUGUGCUUACUGAAAGACUCAGAUGAGACAGUCCUUCUGCCCAUCUCACCAUCCUGUCUGUGGCAGCUUGAUCUGCAGUCUCUCAGAUCCAUGGUGUCUUCAGACUGUGCUUGUGAAAUAGUUUGGAGUCAGUCUCCUCUGCGGUCGAAGAAGGAGAGAGGACGGACGAGUGGAAAUGAACUAGAGAAAAUCCUCCAGGAGCUGUUGGAAGCUCAUGGUACAAGAUGGACGGAGGAGCUGAGGGGAGACCUCCCUCGCAGCUUCCAGAGGCAUGGAGACCUAGUCCUGCUGGGAGACAACUGUUUCUCCCUGCCACUGUGGAAGAAAAUGGAUCUACAGCUUUGGAGUACAGUGGCCAAAGGACUGGGGGCAAAGCGUCUGGCAAAGAUGAGUCGAAUAUCCAGGGAUGGGUUUAGGUCUCCCGUGGUGACGAUGCUGUUAGGAGAGCACAGCUGGGUCAAACAUGUGGACAAUAGGAUUAUGUAUGAGUUUGAUGUAACCAAGUCCAUGUUCUCAGCUGGAAACAUAACAGAGAAGCUCCGGGUGGCUGGAUUCGACUGCAGAGGGGAGACUGUGGUGGAUUUAUAUGCAGGUAUUGGAUACUUCACUCUCCCUUAUCUGGUUCACGCGGGCGCCAGUCACGUUCACGCCUGUGAGUGGAACCCUGACGCAGUUGAAGCUUUACAGAAAAACCUCGUGGCAAACGGGGUGUCAGACCGCUGCACUGUUCACCAAGGAGACAACCGACAACUCCAGCUGUGUGGCAUUGCCGACCGGGUGAACCUGGGUCUCAUCCCGAGCUCCGAGGACGGCUGGCCUGUUGCUUGUCGACUGCUGAAGAGAACAACCGGUGGCAUUUUGCACAUUCACCAGAACGUCACCUCACCAUUACCGAACACGGCAGCCGUUCGAGCAAUCGAUGAUGCCACCCAGAGGGUUUCUGGGAAGACAGCUGGCAGAGAGGUGUGGCGGGCCUGGGCCGAUGACACAGCAAACCACAUCACCUCUCUUUUAAAGGACGUCACCGGUGCACCGUGGACGACAAACAUCCAGCACACAGAACACGUGAAGUCGUACGCGCCUCAUGUCCACCAUAUUGUGCUGGAUUUAGAGUGCAGACCAUCCUGAGCUGAAGAGAUGAGCACAGACACCGAGUGGACAGUAUGACAUUCACCAUAUUAAUGUGCCACUUCACUCUAGAGGAAGAACAGAACAGUGUGGUGCAGAAGUUUCUAAUGCAACACAACUCUAUCUGGUUUCUGUGUUUUUUAUAAAGCUUUAUUUAUCCAGGGCAGGUUCACUCAACACAAAUGCUGGUGUUUUGAGUGUGUGUUUUUUUUCUUCUUCUUAGAAACGCCCUGUCUCACACGCAUGCAAUUAUAAUCCCAUCUGGUAGCUGCCAAGCCACAACCACAACCACAGCCUUAUCUGUUGGCCACUGGACAGCUGUGGUUUAGGUGCUUUGCUCAAGGGCACUUCAUUGUUAUGCUCACUGAAUUGCCCUCGACCCUCUUGUGGUUGGCCAGAGAUGACUCACAUCCACUGCUCCUCACUCUCACAUCAGCGUGCUGGUAAAUACAGGAACUUAUAAAACCAAUAGUAUGACUUGUUGAUCUACAGGAUUCAUGUAUUUGUGUGGUUGUAAAUAUGAACCUUUAUGAGACAUUUUAAUGCACCCAAUAUAAACAUAUAGUGCUAAUGUGUUUAGAAGUUUAGGAGGCAUCAGCAAAUUUUUGUAGAAAUACUCACAAAUACUACAUAAUAGUUUCAUUUCUGAGCUGAAGACAAGCAGACAAAUUAAAGGGAAAAACAGAAUGCAGAUGCUUCCAUACAAGGUUUCACGGAGGGUUUCCUGAGUAUGGAAAUGAUGUGAAUCAUAUGAUAUGGCCUUCGCAGUCAUCAGGCCUGCACUCAGCUGAACAGCUAUGCUAAGAUUCUGGACCCAAAUAAGGGAAUAUCUUCUGGAUGAAUGGUGUUAAUCCUUUCGUAGAAAUCUAUGCCAAGGAUCACUGAAGCUGUUCCGGCAGCUCGUGGUGGACCGACAUGUUACUUAGACGGUCAAUAUGUUUUCAUCUGAAGUGUGGUAUUAAUCAUCUGAAAUACAAAGUCAUCAGAACUAUCCAGGGCCAGUUCUUGUCCAUUCUCAGUGAAGCUUGAUAUCUCAGUUUAUAAUAUAAAUUGAAGGAGGUACCUGGUUGUAGCCUUAGGCCUCAUGCACUAAAUAAGGUGAGAAUGGGUAGAAAAGACAGUUUAAAAAAGGUUAUUAACCUAUCUUCUGUGUGGACAUCUCAUACUGACAUGUAUGUGAUGUAAACAGGAUUUUAGAACCACCUCCAUGAGACCCAACAGACUCUUAUUAUAGUGUUUAUUUGCUUUACAAUGUGUGGCUCUAACAUAACUUUGCAUACACCCUGACAAUAAAUAAUGGCUUAGUGUAAAACAGGGAACUACACGAACACA